AUGGCUACCGAGGACUUGGUGACUGAGCAAUUUCAAUUUUUGGGUAUAGAUGUACCAAAAGAAGUAUUGUCUAAAUGUGUAAGUUUAUGUGAAGAGUAUAACGUAGAUGCAGAAACUUUUAUUGAACAAUGGAUGGCGUUCAGUUUAACCCACUUGAAUGGUUCUUCGCCUACUUUGGAGAAUUUAGAUUUACUUGAGAAAAAGGAAUUUUCCAAGCGAGCGGCAAGUAGACUCAACGCUCCCACUAAUGAAGCGGCUAAUACCGGCACAAGUUUGACGGUUUAUGGGACACAGGUUUCUUCCCAGUCAGAUAACGAAGUCCUGUCAGGUUACAUGACUACAACAGCAACACCAAAGAGAAUAAAGUUAGAAACUGAAGCAGUAUCCACUCAAAGUGAAUUACGCCCUGCAACAUAUUCUCCUACAGUUAGUAAUUCCGAUAAAUAUGCCUCGCGGGCAAACUCGGGCACAAUCGUUCAUUCAUAUGGUGAUGAUAAGCUUUUACAAACAAUUGCUAAAGCAAAUAGCCCUAAUGACGUCUUGGAAUUAUGUAUCAGUCAAAUACCAAACGACGAUGGAGACAUUUAUACAAAAGCAAUGUUUGGUUUUGAACUAUUACAUGAAAAAGCUAGUACAUUUGACAAUCACAUCCACUAUAUAUCUCAAUGCAUUAAGAAGAAGGCCAACCUUUCAGAAUCUACCUCAGUGAGACAUAAAUCACAGGCAAAAGUCAUUGUGGCAGGGCGCAUAGAAUGUGAUGCAGAUGCCCGACUGAACUCAAAAAGUGUAGUUCUGCAAGGGUCUUGGGAAGAAUCACUCAGCCAAGCUGUUACAGUUGAUACGGACAGCUUGAAGCAGUAUUCUCUAUUUCCCGGACAAGUGGUUGUGAUGCGGGGUCUUAACCCUCGCGGUGACAGGUUUCUAGCUCACGAAGUAUUUUGUGACUCCUCACAACCCAUACCUGACCCCAAAGCCGAUAUGAUGAAUUCCUUGAAAGGUACUUUGUCGUUGGUGGUAGUUGCUGGACCAUACACAACAUCAGACAACAUGGCAUAUGAACCUUUAAAAGAUUUAAUUUUGUAUGUCAGCACGCAAAAACCACAUGUUGUGAUCAUGACUGGCCCAUUCAUGGAUUGUGACCAUACUAAAGUAAAAGAUAACACAAUGGCCGAGACAUACAAAAGUUUCUUUGAUAAAUUAUUGGAUAGCUUAGGAGAAUUAAAUACGACAAGUCCAUUCACAAAAAUAUAUAUUGUGUCAAACUGCAAAGAUGUUUUUCAUCUCAACAUCUACCCUACGCCACCAUACUCCAGCAGACGAAAACAUCCUAACAUUCACUUUGUGCCAGACCCCUGUACACUGAACAUAAGUGGCAUUGUUUUGGGAAUCACAAGCACAGAUGUUCUUAUGCAUAUUAGUCAGGAGGAAAUUUCAUUAGGAAUGGGAGGCGAUAAACUAUCUCGAUUAGCGAAUCACAUAAUUAUGCAGCAAACGUAUUAUCCUUUGUGGCCGCCACCGCCCGGCUUGUGUUUGGACGCCUCUCUGUGGACUGCCCACGCUCAGUUACCUUGCACUCCCCACAUUUUAGUUCUACCCUCCAACUUCAGAUAUUUUGUCAAGGAAGUGAAUGGUUGCGUGGUUGUGAAUCCAGAGCACCUCACAAAAGGGUCAGGUGGAGGUACAUUCGCUCGAAUGCUGGUUACCGUUGAAAGUAAUUUACCCAAGGGCAUUUGCGCGCAAAUUCUGCGUAUUUGA